AGUGUUCGGUCGAAACUCAAUAGAGCAAGUGAAAAUCGAGUGUGUUAUGAAUACCAUGCGUUUGUUUGAAAAGUGAUGUUUGCGUUAAAUGUUUGUGUGUGCACUCUGUUUUCUUUCCGUAUGUCGUUGGAGAAUUUAGCGAAUGUCUGUAUGAGGUGCUGAGAUCAAUUCAAAAUGUGGUUGCGCGUUUAUACCUGCUUCCUGUCGGUGUGUUUGCUGCUGGCACCAUCUCUGGCCAAUGUGUGCCCAGGUGGAUGCGUCUGUGACACUACCAGGGAUGGACUUCACCGCGCUACUUGCAGUAAUCUCGCCGAACUCUACAAGUUCACUCUCCGGCAGAAGCAUCACAAUAUCAACAUUUUGGACUUGUCGCAUAACAACAUAACUAAGUUGACCCAUGAGCUCGAUCGUCUAACCGAAGUCGUCACUUUAGAUCUGUCAACUAACGGCAUUACAGAUGUUAAUAAAUUCCUGCACAACGCAAAGAAGUUAGUCCAUUUAAAUUUAGCUCAUAAUAGAAUACGAAUUUUAUCAGUUUCCACAUUGCCAAAAAGUGUUAGUUCGCUAGAUUUAACGAAUAAUUUAUUACGCGAUGUGCCUUCGGAUUUGGGACACUUAAGCAGCUUGGAACACUUAGAACUACAGGGUAAUCCUUUAAAUUGUUCAUGUGAAAAUAUAAUAGCACGAGACCGUUUGCUUCUUGCAAAUGUUUUUAUUGAUAAAGUCGAAUGUGCUUCUCCUAUGAAACUUAAGAGUCGUUCUUGGUUGGAGCUAAAAACAAGAGACGUAUGCAAAGUACGAAAAGAUGAACCUAACUAUCUAGAUAUGAUGAUGGGCGAUCAACCUAUCGAUGCUGUGCAAAUUGGUGAACAAACUACUGGUUUGAAAUCUAUGUCAUUAGUCGUAAAUAGUGAUUUAGAUGUCGGUACUGUAAUCUCAGGUCAAACAUCAGAAGAUGAUGAUACUAAUGUGUAUAUGAAUGUAGAUCGUUCUGCGAGUACUCCGAAAUUUGAUGCCAUUGAAGGGUCCGGUGAGAUUGAAUCGUCUACGAUCCAUGAUGUGAUUGAGCCACCACAAAACUUCAGAAAUUUGGCUGCGAUAAUGAAAUCAGAUGAAGUUAUACCUGUUGAUCACGAACAUAAUGCGGAAGAUACACUCGAAGGGUCUGGACAAGGAUCUGGUUCAGGAGAAAGUCCUUUAAUAUUUCAUGAAGAGUACGAUGAAACCACAGAAAUUAUUGGAAUGUUUUCUACUACCCCGGUGUCUGAGUUUAUUCCUGGGCCAGUGGAGAGAAUUGUCGAUGAAACAGAUUUGAGUUCAACUGAAUUUCCUAUGCCUAGAGCACCAUCUAUAUAUAAAGGUGACCCUGAAUGGUACUUGAAAACGGAUAAUCCAGAAACGACUUCCAAAUCACCUGCAGACUUUGUAACGCCUAGUUCACGAGAUACAACGAUUUCAGAGCAUAUAAGAGUAACACAGGCUUCCGAAAACUUGGGUGCAGCAACGACAGAAAAUAAAACCCCUCCCCAUAAAACUGGAACUUAUGUGUGUAUUGCAAUAAUUGUGAUUUUAUUAGUCGGUCUUAUUGGAUUCGCAAUUGUAAAGGGGCAAAUGAGAAAACGAAGAGACAGAAGAUUAUUAAGGCAACAAAAACCUGAUGUCGAAAAGGCAUCAAAAGAAAUGGUGGAUAUGAAUAAAUCACUCUUGGGUAAACCCGCUGCCGAACCUGCCAUUGAAAAGAAGGUAAAUGGUAAGUAUGAAUUAGUACCAACACAUGAGACACCUCUAAAGAAAAAUGAAAACGGAGAUAUGCCUAAUGGUAAAUAUAAUGACAAAAAUGAUCAUAGAACCGAUAGCCCCAGAGAUACCAAUCAAAAUAAAAGUAGUUCAAAAGACAAUAAUUUAUCAGAAGAUAAUAAUUUACCGCUUCAAGAGACCUCUUUUGAAUCCGCGCCAGAUUCUCGAAAAGAUACUAGCUCACUUUCUAGUGAAGAAAUUUUUGUACCUACUAUAGAGGAAGAUAAUUUACGGUUGAAUGGUAACGUCGAUCCUGACAUUUAUCCAAAUGCUUCUCAGCCAUUGCUUAAUGGGGACCAAGCUACAGAUUCUGAUUUCUUAUCACCGUCGCGUGAAUAUGUGCCAGUGUACUCACCCGAUAUGGGUAGGGUGCGUAUAAAGAUGGCGGAGACUCCCAAGCCUAAAACACCUGUACUAGUCACCAGGAGUAGGUCUAAUGCUGGAGACAUCAUCAUAACACCAAUGGACGAUAAUAAUGCACGAAAAUCGACCACUUGAGAUUGCCUUAAAUGUACAAAAACUACUUAGUAGUGCGUGAAUAUAAAUCGGUGUCUUUCUAUAAAUAGGUACCUACUUCACUAUCGGCAAAAUUCUGUGAUUAUUGUGUGCAUAUUCCAAGGGACUUAGUAGCACGAAGGACUGAAUAGUAUGGUAUGAGUGAUGAAACUAGAAACUUUGCUGCCAAAGUGUGUAUGUAGUCGACAGUGCCUUUAUUUUAAUAUUUUAUUAGUAUAAAUAAAUAUUUAUGAGAGUUUAAUGCGAGAUAAUUAAGAAAUAUUUUUAUACGUGUAAAAAUGUUGCCAUGUUCAUGUUAGUAAUAAAAGUAUUUCUUUAGUAAUUUCAUUUUGACAACAUUUACGAUUUGGCCUAGGUGUAUUUAUGAAUUUAAAUGUCCUCAAUGAUUGUUUAGAAAUGCUGGUUCUAUUUUCCACUCGGUAGAAUUCAAUGGUUGUGUACUUAUCUGCAAAAAAUAUGAACAACGAAAAACUUAUCAGUUUCUUUCUUUCUUUCACGAUUUCAUCAUUAUUUGUAGAGAUUAACUCUAUAGUCCGGCUAAACGUAAGUUCCUGUUUUAAGUAAUAUUAUUGAUUAAUUUUAAGAAUGUGAUACCAUUUAUUUUUAAGCUACGAGAAUGCUGCUUCAUGAUGUGUAAAUUGAAUUUUGGUUAUUAUCGUGUAUAUUUCCUAGUGCUAUUUAAUUUAAACAAAAUAUUAUUUUAUUUUGUAAUAACUGAACUAUUAUUAUGAGCUUUCCUAUUAAAAUAUUCUAUUGAAUUUCGCUAUACAGCCUAUUUAAAUUUUAAAUAGGCAAAUAAUUUAUAUGCUAUAAUUUUAUAAGCUGAAUCUGUAAGUAAGGAUUUUGGAACAAAUUAGGAGGUUAGGGAUUCAUUAUGAAGUUUUAUGCAAGAUGAUAAUGUAUUUUUAUUUGAAACUAUUCGAUAUAAAUGGUUGAUUCAAGUUUGUGUUUGUUUUUUUUUUCUAUCUAUUACUUAGAAACCGAGAAAACUGAGCUGUAGUGCUAUUCUGUUUAAAAAACAGCAAAUCACAGAGAUGUCAUAGUAUGAGUGGUUCAAUACAAUAAAACCUACCUAUAUCAAAAGG